UCUUUCUUUUCUCUCUCCUCUGCGUUUGGGAGAAGGCUCCUGGCUUGGACCGCAUGCAUGACACAACGUAAAGGGGAGAAACCCACCAUCAGCAUCCAGGAGCACAUGGCCAUUGACGUGUGUCCCGGACCCAUCCAGCCCAUUAAGCAGAUCUCAGACUACUUCCCCCGCUACCCCCGGGGCCUGCCGCCCGCAAGGGCCCCGUGCGCCGCCCUUCCCGCUACUCCGGCCGCCGCCAGCGGUGCCACCGCCGCCGCCUCAGAAAGUGAGGACAGCCCGGACCGGGCGUUCGCCGCAGCCUCGGCUUCCAGGAGAGACGACGAGCCCGACGUGGAGGCGUACGACUCGGAUGACUCCACCACACUGGGAACGCUGGACUUCAGUUUGCUGUACGACCAGGAGAACAAUGCUCUGCACUGCACCAUUAACAAAGCCAAGGGGCUCAAGCCAAUGGAUCACAACGGGCUUUCGGACCCGUACGUCAAACUUCACCUCCUGCCCGGUGCCAGUAAAGCCAAUAAACUUCGAACCAAGACCCUGCGCAACACGCUCAACCCCGUCUGGAGCGAGACGCUGACCUACUACGGCAUCACCGAUGAGGACAUGGUCCGAAAAACACUCAGGAUUUCGGUGUGCGACGAGGAUAAGUUCCGCCACAAUGAGUUCAUUGGUGAGACUCGAAUCCCCCUCAAAAAGUUGAAGCCCAACCAGACGAAGAACUUCAACAACUGCCUGGAGAAACAGCUACCUGUGAACAAGACGGAGGACAAGUCGCUGGAGGAGCGAGGGCGCAUCAUGAUCUCGCUCAAGUACAACACCCUGAAGUCGUGCCUGGUGGUGGGCAUCAUACGCUGUGCCCACCUCGCCGCCAUGGACGCCAACGGCUUCUCAGACCCCUACGUCAAAACGUACCUGAAGCCCGACGAGAACAAAAAGUCCAAGCACAAGACGGCUGUGAAGAAGAAAACCCUCAAUCCAGAAUUCAACGAGGAGUUCUGUUACGACAUCAAGUACGCAGACCUCACCAAGAAGACCCUGGAGGUGACCGUGUGGGACUACGACAUUGGGAAGUCCAAUGAUUUCAUUGGCGGCGUCUCUCUGGGCAUCAACGCCAACGGGGAGCGGCUCAAGCACUGGUUCGACUGUCUCAAGAACAAGGACAAGAAAAUCGAGCGCUGGCACACGCUGACCAACGAAUUACCCGGCUCGCUGAAUGACUGACCGUCCUCGUCUGGCCAUCAGACCCCCGACCCAUCCUACCAGACGCCGGCAUCCGUUUCAUCCAUCUUUCCACCCUUCCUGCUCAACCUUCGACGCAUCAAGUACCGGGGUACCUUUGCUCUCAACGGGGCUCCACUGAGAGGAUCCUGACCAGGAAGGUUUUCCCUGCACGUACCAAAGUGACUCAACGGGUAUGAUUACGCGAUGGUAACGAUAGCCUGUUUUCGCACAGCUUGGCAAAAGUCAAAACCAUAUCUGAAUAAACAUCACUGACACGGAAUGAGGGCGAGGAAAUCAGUGGUAGUGUAAGAAUAGUAACAGCUGUUUUUGUAUUUGACAAAAGUACGGAAUGAGGGAGGGGGUUGUCUAUUCUGUAGUUUUCUGUAUUCAGACGGAGUAGUAUCUAAAGCAUCAUCCCCCUUUUAAAUUAGCUGACACCAAAAGCACCGACACGGAACGCGUCAGGGGUGAAGUCGAGUCAGAGGUAAUGUCAACAGAGUUGGGACACGGCCUGUGGUUCAAGAAAAUCCGCAAAUUACGGUCCAGGUUGUGAAGUUUAGCGCCCGACAUUUGCUACUUCCACUAUUUUGCUUUUAAAAGUUAGUGUCCGACAACUAUUGUAACCGACAUUGUCCACCUUUUUUUGCACUCCGUUGUGCCGCACCGCAGAAGCGACCUGAAACGGGAGACAGAGUCAACCUUGAAAUUUUCCGGUUUUGCAGGUACAGCCUUAUCAGAGGUUGCGUGUAAGGGAAUUCCACACACUGGGAUGUGGAAGUUUUAAAACCUGAGAUUAUUAUUUUUUUUUUUUCACAUCGCUGUUUGAUAUAAAUGGCAACGAUUCGGAAUGUGGGGGACGACGUCAAACUGGCAAUUUUCCGGCUUUGGUGGUAGCAUCGGAGCCGUGGCGGGGGGAGGACGUCUAUGGUUUACAACACCCGACGUGGACAUGCUCGGAGCCCCAGCUGACCAGGUACUAGAAAUAGUACCUCAUAAUACCAGUUUACGCACCACUUUCCCAGUCGAAUGGGGGGGGGGGGGAUGCUUUGAAGUUUACGUGUAAUGUCCUAUGAUGAUGCUAACAGAAGGCAUGCGUUGUUUACAGCCUCUCCUCGCUGUCUUUUGAGCAGGAAAGGGGGGCAAACAAAUCAGAAUUCAUAAUUCCCGUGAUGAAAGCUUUGGAUAUGUUUUGUUUCUCUGUUGUUGUCCACUGCAAAGGAAACAUUUCUCUGCCUCGUGUCCGCGUCGCCGUUCUGACGCAGAAGGGGCGGGGACACGAAGUCGACCUGGCAUCGGGCUGUCGCAUCAGAGCCGUAACAUUCCGUCUUUGUUUUUCUGCGUCACCGUUCAGUAUUAACGACACCGACGGAGAAAACGGUGGAUGAAAUCGAACUGACAAUUUUGAUCUGAUCCGUAUAAAAUGUUUGACUGAAAACACGAAAAGUGGUUUUCGUGCUGAAACGGGAGGUUUGCAAGUCUUCUGUCACGGCUCUGAUGCGUCCAUUUUUGCCGGGAUCUCCGUAGAAUGUACAAACCACACCAACUGAUGUGAGAAUGUGCACCUCAGUGCUUCUUUGACUUUGUUCGUGUCGGGAGUUUUAGGCCCCUUUACCCUCUUUUUCGGUUUCAUUUGAUCACAUUUCAGACAGUCGACGUGCAGUCUAGCACGCCGUCACCACUGAAAGUUCAGACCCCCUCGUGUGAUCUUGAUCUCCAAGUCGAGGCAUUUGUGUACGUUGUGUUUUUGGGGAGUGACUUACAGUAUUUAUAAGUCCAAGUCUGCAUUGUGACCUUUUACCGCAGGCGCUUCCUUUAUACAUGUAAACGUGCGCUGACUGAGAAACGCAAAGAUGUACAAACGGCCGGUGAAGGAUUUUGAUUUUAAGAGGAUUUUCUUUUGAUUAAUUAUUUUUUUCUUUGAUUAAGUGGUUUUAUCUUUAUUUUUUUAAUUUUCUUUCAUGAUCUUUUGUUUUAUUUGUAAUUCUUUCUUCAUUGGGUAAUGUAGCAUACUUAAAUGUAUUUUAUUUAUAUAUAUAUUGAGUCUUUAUAUAUAUCAUAUUUUUGCUCAGAUCUAUUUAAUUUCAUUGUUUUAUUCUAUUCUAAAUUAUUUUCAUGUAACUAUUUAUUUUAAUUGUAUGAUUUUAUAUUUUAAUUGUAUUUUAUUUCAUUUUUAAUAAUCCCCCUGACACCUUGAUCUAUCACUUUUGAUUUUAAUUUGAUUGUAUUGUCUCCAUUUUAUUUGGAUUAAUUGUAUGUAUUUAUUAGGGUUGUAGAGUAAUUCCAUUUUAUGACAUUCAACUCAACUUUCAUUUUAGGUUAUCACGUUCUUUAACAUUCACAAAGACUCUUUAAUAUUGACAAACCGUUUAUUGUUAUUAUUGUUGUUAUGCUUUAUUUAUUUACCUUAUUACCUUAUUUAAUACAUACUACCCGUAGUAUGUAUUUAUCCCAAUAAUCACAAUAUCCUCCGAUGAGCCCGACCGUCAUAAACUGACGCAAAGCGACGAUGUGAUUUUUGUAAGCCGCCUGCCUUUGUAUGCAAGCUUCGUAUUAUAAAAAAGAAAAGAAUGAAAACCACGACAAAAAAAAAAUGCAUGCCGACGGUCCUGGGUUUUGUCAUGAGAUGAACUAAUGUUUGAUACUGUUUUCUGUAUUUAAAAAAAAACUGAAUGACAAUGACAACGCUUUCUUCUGGAGUCCAUUUUGUACCUGUUUGGCUGCCGUGUGUGACUUUAAUGUGAAUUUUGUUGGUUUGUUGAAUGUUUUGUAUGAGUUCUGAUGUCGAUGCAAUAUGUCAAAUUAUAUUUUGGUCACACUCUUAAAAAAAAAAAAAAGAGGAAAAAAAAAAGAUUAAAAUGGAUCUGUUCUGUUUGCACCAAGGA